AUGGCUUACAAAACCCCUAUUGGCAUGACACCUUACAAGCUUGUCUAUGGAAGAUUAUGUCAAUUUACUGUGGAAUUGGAGCACAAGGCUUAUUGGGCCAUCAAGGCUUUGAAUUUUGACCUUCAUGCUUGGGGUGGAAGAAUGAUGCUUGAGGUCCAUGAGCUUGAAGAGCUUAGGAGGGAUGCCUAUAAGAGUGGGCGGGUGUAUAAAGAGAGAACAAAGGCUUGGCAUGAUCAACGAAUCAUGAAAAGGGAAUUCAAAGUUGGUGACAAAGUCCUUUUGUUUAAUUCAAGAUUGAGGUUAUUUUCGGGCAAGCUCAAAUCAAGGUGGAGUGGUCCAUUCAUCGUGCAUCAAGUAUUCUACAUGGUGCGGUCGAGAUUUGCAGCGAUGCAAAGGGAUGCUUCAAGGUGA